GAGCGGGACGACCUCCUGGAGGAGCUGGAGGCCUCGAAAUGCGAGAACCGCGCACUGCAGCAGGCCUACGAUGAAGCAGGAGGGGCUUUGUGCGAGCGCUACGGCGAGGCCAACCGUCAACGAGAGCUCGUGCAUCUCUCGGUUUCCCUCUGUCGGGUGUACGGUACGGUGGCAGUACAGUUGUUUUUCGUGCUCUCGUUGGCUCGAAAGCAUGAUGACGUAAGUAAUGUCAAUGUGUCGAACAUUGUGUCCGAUGAUCGGUUCAGUGAUGUGGAGAUGGGGCCAUCCCUCCAGAAAGACGCGGAUGGCCAGCUGCAAUUUUCCUUCCGGGACUUUAGGUAUCUGAACGUACAAAGCAACAUCAUGAAAAGUGCAACGAACCUCGUCCUGAUGCCCAGUGCCUUCACCUUGGCUUUCGGCAUCCUCAGCGAUUCUCGGCCAAUCUUUGGCUUCCGACGCCGUCCUUUCAUGGGAGGAGGCUUUCUGCUGGUGUGGGCAAGCUUCAUUAUCCUGAUUGGCCUUGGCCUUCCCGAUCCUUGCUUCUGUUUCGUGGAUGCAUGGACAAGGAGGCCCCUUGCAACCCGGAAGCUCCGGAUGCCUACGGUCGCUAAUCUGGGCUGUGUGGCAGCCACUGCCGCAGCUCAAGGUCUCGCGGUAGAGUAUGCCAAAGCCGAGCCUCAGGAAAUCCGCGGGCGAACCUAA